UGGUGCAGACCAAUGGUCUUUACACUAUAAAUCAAUUCCAGAAAAAUUGCAAAGAAUGUACAAUGAUGGUUACAAGCUGGUCAUACUCACUAAUGAGUCAAACAUUGAGCGCCAUAAGAACAAGCGGCAGCAAGCUGUUGACUCCAAAGUUGGUCGCCUUGAUAACUUUAUUGAAUGUGUUAAGGCCCCCAUUCAGGUUUUCAUUGCUUGUGGUUUAGGGAAAGGAAAAGAUAUUCCAGAUGAUCCAUACCACAAACCAAAUCCUGGAAUGUGGUGGUUGAUGGCUCAGCAUUUCAAUUCUGGAAUCGAAAUUGACAUGGAUCAGUAAUCACCUAUUCUCAGUUUUUUUUUCAGACUUUAAGAACCUCGCCCUUUGGCAGAGUCAUAAAUCCACUCUUGGACUAACAGUUUGAAAAAAACUGCACCUCUCUUUGAAUGAAACUACGCAUGUUAGUAGCUUGAAUCGGCUGGAAACCUGGAACCACUCACCUGUCUCACAACCUUAAAAGUAGUUUCCAUGCAGGAUAAAGGCUAACAUGAUAGUUGAUUGCAAUGGUGUGCACAUAAAAAA